UGUUUCCUCCCAGAGCGCCCCUGUCUGGCUGCGACACCAAACUGCAGCUCCUCAACCCGCCAGAGAGGAAGUUAGGGUUGCUACUGGCAGGCUAACUUGCUAAAAAAAGUAAACAAGUCUCUGGAAUGAGAUGAAAUACAACCGAGGAUUAAAGUAGCUUUUCAACUAUGAAGGAAGACAAGGAAAACGCUCGGCCGAAAGAGCGAAAAUUUGAACUAAACUGUGAAGAUGGAGAAAAGACGGAGAAGUCUAGGGAAAGGAAAGAGGCCAUGACAAAGAUUGUGAUCAGACGGUUGCCACCAAGUCUGACCAGGGAGGAGCUGGAGGAACAGUUGCAACCUCUCCCAGAGGUGGACUACUUUGAGUUUUUCUCCAAUGACGCCAGCCUUUUUCCUCAUCUCUUCGCAAGGGCAUACAUCAAUUUUAAAAAUCAAGAGGAUAUAGUUCUUUUCAGAGAUCGAUUUGAUGGAUAUGUGUUCAUUGACAGCAAAGGACAGGAGUAUCCUGCCAUCGUGGAGUUCGCACCUUUUCAAAAGACUGCCAAGAAAAAAAUGAAGAGAAAGGAUGCAAAAUGUGGAACAAUUGAUGAAGAUCCGGAUUACAAGAAGUUUCUUGAAUUUUACAACGGUGAUGAUGACAAGUUGGCAUCAACACCAGAGACACUGUUGGAAGAGAUUGAGGCAAAAUCAAAGGAACUUGUAGCUAAAAAAACAACUCCUCUGCUUGACUUCUUGAAGAAUAAACAGAGAAUCAGGGAGGAAAAGAAAGAAGAGAGAAGAAGGAGGGAGCUUGAACGCAAGCGCGUGCGUGACGAGGAGCGUCGUAAGUGGAGGGAGGAGGAGAGAAGGAAGCGCAAAGACACAGAGAAGAUGAAGAGAAAUGAGAAACCCCUGGAAAAAGACAAGGACCAAGUUAAAGAAGAACCAAAGAUUAAGCUCCUGAAAAAGCCAGACAGAAGUGAUGAUUGUGAUUCUGAGAAGUCCAAGGAAAAGGCCAAGAAGCCAGACAGGCCAAAUAAAGACGACAGAUCCAUGGGGGUGGCAGAUCAUAAGAGGCGUCCACACAUUGAAAAUAAGGAGGACCGAGGAAGGAAAGCGGACGAAGAGGGGAGGAAGGAGUUUAGGGAGCGUGACACAGAGCGCGACCGAGAGCGGGAGAGGGAGCGGCUGCAGAGAGAGAAGGAGCGUAUCAGGCGACAGGACGAAAAUCGGCGGAGAAGGCGAGAUCGUCAGGAUGGAGAGAACUUAUGCAGAAAGAGGGAGGAGGAUGUUAAAAAAGACAAAGAUCGUGGCAAGGAGAAGAAAAAGGGUGAAAACAUUGGAGACUCUACUCACUCUGAGAGGCCAGAGAGGCCGAACAAAGACUACAAGAAGGAGGAAAGUAAUAAAAGAGACCGUCUACGAAAUAAGGACCGGCCUGCGAUUCAGCUUUACCAGCCAGGGGGCAGAAGCCGCAAUCGAGAUGGAGCGGAAUCCAACUCUGCCGACAGAAAGCCAGAUACUGAGAAUGAGAACGUGGCUGACAAAGGAGACGAUUGAGCAGAUAUCAACUCAUGGCAUUUUAAGUGUGGUGAGGAAAGGGGUGACAGGCCUGUGUGGCUCAGAGCAGCGAUGUGGCGCCUCAGGGCGACAUGCACUGCAGUUCAAGCAGGGCUCCAUCCGGCUCUCCCGGUCUCAGAGGCAGAGAUGUGAUUGUGGAGCCUCUUUGGGCCUGAAUGUGACCCUCUUUCGUUUUAUUUGUUAUGAAAGGUAACCGUAACCUUUGGCUUACGGUUUGGCUGUAGGGCACAUUAGUUAAAGCCAAAGCUUUCUUGGACCACGUAAACUCAAAGUGACCUUGCUUCAGUAUUGUUUCUCUGAUGUACAGUGUUAUACACACUGCCAACGUUGGUUUUAACGUGUUCAUCCAUAUCAUAACUUCCAAAUUACUCAAUGUCAACAUUGCCAAAGCUAAUCAGUAGAAUUUCUUCAGUCAUGACUGAUAUUUCUGUUGUAGCAUUGACAUUCAGUUUGAAGUUUAAACACGAAAAAUCAUACUCUGCCUGGGAAGCGAGACAAUCUAAAUUGAUGUUCAGAACUUUAAUUACAUAUUUUCAUGGUCAAUAGCUGUAGAAUGGUUUGGGACCAUGAGUUUUGUUCUUGCAUUCAUCCAGUGACAGAGAGGAAACAGCCAUUUCAGACUAGACUGCCAUGUGACGGCCAUGCCUGCAUGCAAGCUUCAAUCAGAGGGAUUAACCAGUGGCCUUCCUUCCUUUUCUAAACUGAAUCUCCCCUAAACAGGAAUGUGUUGAACUAAACUGAAUACAGUGUGAGAAAACAUCACUGCUGCUGAUGCUUCUAUACAUUAGACACUUUUGACUGGAAAUAAAAGAGCUCUUUGCAUAAGUGUAAA